UUAACGUCAUAUUUAGGUGCUGUUAUUGCUGCUGAUUGGUUUACGUCUGGAAAGCAGGUUGUUACGGCUUCUUGGGACAGGACAGCAAAACUUUGGGAUGUUGAAACAGCAGAACAAGUUCAUCAGUUAACUGGUAUUCAUAGGGAUUUAUUUCGAUGGUCAUGUGUGUCUUUUUUUCCUUUGCACUUUUUCCUUUUUAAGUUCUAUACACUGGAAGUUAAAGCGUUUUCGUGAAAGUAUUAAUUGUUCAAUUUUAGAUUCAUAAUUGGCUUCGAGGCUAACUCCCCAAUCCUCGAAACCAAGCAUGAUUUUUAACAUAUCGAAGUUGUUCUAUUGGUCGAAUUCAAAGUUCGAACAAUCUUGAAAAUGUACUGAAUUUUAGUAGUUGUCUUGGAAAGUCGUUGAAUUCGGUUAAGGUACUUGAAAAGUACUUGAUUUCUUUAUUAGGUCUUGAAAAAUCCUUGAAAUUCACUACCUUGUCUAAAAACAUUUUUGUACAUGAGCGGUAUCUUACCUCUGUUUCUUUAUUUUAACUGCUGUUUCUGUACCUCAGGUGCUAUUGCAAGUCAUAUUCAGUCAGUUUUCAAAGCGUUGUUGCGGGAAGUAGUAUAAAAUAGGGUGAUCAACCAUGGCUGAAGAAGUAAAAAUCGUAAAUGACUCCAAUAAGGUGUUCAAGAGGGGGUUAAAGAUUAGAAUGCCGAUUUAUUUAAUAAAUCGUAGUCCUUGAAAGCUGUUAUUUGUCCUGGAAAAAUCCUUGAAGAGUCCUCGAAAGUUGUUUGUCCGAAGUUUUACGAACCAUGGAAUUGGAAUUGCGAUAGUUUGGAAGAACACUGAUUGAAGGUCCCCGACCAUUGCUUAAGUCCGGCGGUUUGUUUUACAUUGCAGGGCAUGACCAGGAACUGACACACACCUGUACCCACCCCUCUCAGCAACUUAUUGUCACGUCCUCCACUGACACAACCUUCCGUCUGUGGGACUUCAGAACACCGUCCAUACACUCAGUCAAUGUGUUUCAGGGACAUUCCGAGUAAGGCAUUCCUAUAACACUUAGCAGACUUACCAGAACUGAUUCAUUAUCCCGUUCAAUGUUUGUGUACAGCUUGUGAGCAGUUUCGUCAGAAGAAGGAAGUUGUUCAGUUUAUCACUCAUUAAUUUCAACGUUGCCCAUCCCCCUCCCCCGGGUAUUUGGCGCACAAUUGUGUAGUGUUGUGUUUCCACUGUGGCGCAUUUGCACCCAUAUAAUGUCCGCCCGGGGUUGGGGAAUUUAUUUCUAGGUGUACCCCCCCUCCUUGGGAAAUACAGGAAAUUUGCGUCCUGUGCAUGAUUGUGAACCGUUUCAAAUUCCAGUGAGAAUGCACGAGUUCGUGUGAAAAGUAGAUUUCAACAGCUUCUAGAAUUUUCGUAUUACACUUCAAAGUUACAAUUACACGUUAUGUAGUAAACUUACAUGCUUUGUUUGUUUGUUUGUUUUGUUUUAUGUCUACAGCACAGUGAGGUCGACCGCCUUCACAACAAAAGAUAUUGUUGUCAGUGGAAGUGAUGACAGAACUGUCAAGGUAUGAUUUACAUUUUUGCAAUUCUUUAUUACAGAAAUCGCCACCAUGGAAGAUUCUUCAAGAGAAUGAGAUAGUUGUAGAUAUUGCUGUUUAUUAUUUAUUUUAGUUAAUUUUUUUUCUUUUAAUUAGUCUACCGAUACAAGCAGUCUCUCUCUUUUUUCUUAGUCCGUCGAGCGGCAACCAUCCGCUCGAGAAACGGAGAGAUACCGCGUUUCUCGCGUCUCGCGGCUUCGCCGCUCCCGCUCCCGCUCCCAUGGGCUUCCCUCACUUAAUCAGAAGAGAGAGAUUUGCUCGCGGUUUUCCUUUUAACUUUUGUUUCAAAAAAUAAUUCAUCAGCAAAAUACCCUAAAACACAGGAAAAACAAUGAUUAAUCGAAAUGGAAAAUUAAUUUCAACAUGGACACUAGACAAGUAAAGAAGUAUGAGAAUGUUCGCCUGUUUCCACGGAGCGUUUUUCGUCGCCAGCGUAGCAGGCCCAUGAGAGUAUUAUGGGCCCCAGAAAGAACGAGGUGCGGGAGAGACUCGCGAGGUAAGAGGAAGCUCUCUCUCGCCCCUCACGUUUCUCCAUUCGCGCCCCGUUUUCUUGCGCCUUCUAUGCAGGCCAAGUUUUUUUGUUCCGCUCAUACUUUUAAAAAAGACCUCGUGCGGUAUAAGGUGCCUAUAUUUUGAAAGUACAAUACACUCGUUCAUUCUUAGCAAGUCACAACAUGUACAACGCUUUGAGAAUUUCAUACACAUGAGAUUCAAAUGGCAUCGAUUGAGAGAGAAAUUUUCCAUUUAAACCGGUUUACACUCACAAUUUAUUUUGCAUUUUCCAGCCCAAGUCUUGGUGCAGGUGUAAAUUGCUGGUGUUUUCUAGUCGAUUCUACUGCGAUUUUCCAAAAGUUAUUCGAAAUUUUUAAGACCCUCCGGCGAAAAACUUCUCUUUUCUUAUAGUUUAUGCCAAGGGCCUGUUUACAUGGAGGUGGAAGUAACCCACUGAGAUGGGGUAACCCGCCUGUCCAUAUAAUCUUCCAUUUGAAUUUGAUCCCGUUUACAUGAAAGGUGGGGAGACCAUAUGAGAGAUUGUAUGGACAGGCGGGUUACCCCAACUAAGCGCGUUACCUCACCUUGCUGGGGUCACCCACCUCCAGGUAAACUGCAGGCCCUAAAUUUCAUCGCAAACUCAAGCCAGACGAAAUUGUGAAAAAAUGUGUUGUGGAAAUCGGCGUUGAUACUUUAACAUGUAUUUGUUUACAGGUGUGGGAUCUAAAGAACAUGCGUUCUCCUUUAACAACAAUCAACACAGAUUCUUCCGUUAACAGGUAACAAUAAGAACUAGUUAGUUUUACGGCUGUUGAAGUUGACAUUUCGCUCGAAAAUGUUGUGGGUACUCAGAGAAAUAACAGAAGACAAAGGCAAACUAAUGAACCAAUUAGAAUUCAAAGCGAACACAUGUGACCGGUUUGCAAGCGCGGGAAAAAAUGUGUCACCGGCCAUAUUGGCUUUAAACUUUAGUUUGGAUUGGUUGAAAUCAUAGGAGCAUAAGCAUAAUAAGCAUAUCAAUAAAAAUCGAUUGUAUUCGAAAAAUUUUUGAAAAAUACACGGCUCUUAUGCCAAAGAGAUUAAGGCUCUGUCCAACCGUAUAUCCGCUUUUAAAACAUACGAUAGCAUCUAGGAGUUUAUGAUGAAUGCCUUCAUCGUAUUCGAAACCUCCGUUUUCUUAGACUCACACGUAAACUUGAAGCUGUCGUUAUUAAGAAUCUUCACCCUGGGAACCGUUGAAAAUGAAAACUUGCGUUUUUGGUUCCUGAAAUGGAAAUGGAGAAAAGAAUCUCUGUUUUCAAAAUUAUUGGUCCGGUUAUUUGUAAAGAGGCCUAAGUGACUUGGUCACUUUUCACUUUUGUACAUCUACUAAUCAAAUGGCAGUAUAAAUGCUAUAACGCUGAAAAGAAAGUACGCUUGGACACUGAGACAAGAAAAAAACCUUUCAAUACCUCUCCCAUGAAUCCUUCCCGUAAUAAAAAGAAUGCUUUUGUGUUGACAGACUCUCAGUUUCUCCUGUGAAUAAUCUAAUCGCUCUUCCUCACGACAAUCGUCACAUUCGCCUCUUUGACAUCAGUGGGGUAAGACUAGCACGGCUGCCUCGCCGAAAUGGUCAGGUGAGUUCUCUUACAAUGCUUCAUGUGUAUUUGCUUUAAAAAUGUGAACCUGCUUUCGGGGGGGUACUCAAUGAUUUGUUAUACGGGGAGGCUCCGACCCGAGGUUCAACCCCUUACCCGUUUAUAGACCAUUUUUGGCAGAAAAGAGACCCCGUUCGUAUAGCUUCUGUUAAAAGAUGGUAUACCUUUAAUUAACAUACCUAGUUUAGAACUUUGCAUCCCUUCUUGAAGCUAUAAAUGGACCGGCAAAGUGUUGAAUAGUUGAAUAUGGAAAGAUCACAAAACCAGGAUGUUUUCUUGUCUCUUUUACAUUAUUUUAUAAAAUGCGUCUGUUCGCUCCUUUUUGUCCUUUUUAGGGUUGAUUUCCACUGUCGCGUAAUUUUUCCGUACGAACGCACGUAAUAGUAAGCGCGUAAAUGAAAUAGAGGCAAUGUAUGAAAGGCGACGCGGAAAUGUGAAAGUUGAGCGAGGUUCAACUUUUACGUUUACGCGUGACCUUCCAUACAUUGUCCCUAUUUUAUUAACGCGCGUAAAAAUUACGUGCGUAAGCACGUAAAAAUUACGCGACAGUGGAAACCUUUAUCUGAAGCCUGAAGCUGCUGAUUACCCCUUUCGGAUGGAGCCUCUUCGCACGGGCCAUACAAGGGAGUACCCCUCGGGACCUGCUUAAUUUUCAUGACAGGAGUCAUUUGUAGAUAAUUGGGCUAAGUUACUCAAAAAGCUCAUAUCUGGUUGAAAUCAUACACUUACAUAGCUUUUUCCUUUCGAAAAUGAAUUUUUUCCCCUGACUGAUUUUCGUCAUUCUUGGGGAUAAAGGAGUUGAAAAUCGAAUCGACCCUUCCUAAGAUCACUUAAAGUAUAGAUUCCAGUUUUCUGUGUCAGCUCAGUUAUAGGAGUUCUCCCCUCCUGCUUCCCUUCGAAGUCUCAAUCCAGUUUUCUCAACUCGCGUGGUAACGCUUGCUACGCAGGCUAAGAAGGCAUCAAAGUAUAGUAAAGGUGAUGUUACACGAGACGAUUCGCAACGACGAUUUUUAGCGCAACACCGCGUUGCAUCAUUGUUGCGACAUCUUUUCUAAUGGUUGCAACAUUGUUCCAACAUUGAGCGCUGUGUUGCGCUACAAAUCGUCGUUGCGAAUCGUUCCGUGUAACAUCACCUUAAAACAAAAAGGAGGUGACGAGGUAGGCUCUGACGUGCUAUUAAAAUUCUUGACGUCAUCCGCGAUCUCGGUUUCGUCUUUUUCUUACUUGUAAACAGUUACUAUCCGAGGUCUUUUCUUAAUCAAUCCGGAAUAAUGUACCCUGCGAGCAGGGGUUUCUCUCUGGCAUUGCUUCUAGCAUUUACGAAGUCGUUCGCGUUGCUUGUUAGUCGCCUAGUUGGUUUGUUUACGCCCAGAGUCAACGCGAACGACUUUGUAAAAAAAUAUAAGCCAUGCCAGAAAGAAACUUCUGAUGGCUGGGAAGAAUAAUCUCACGAAUACUUUCAAAACUACUGCUAUGUUAGGUAAAAAAAGAACUUCCCUAUAAAGUGGAAAUAAUAUACUUCAAAAUAGGCUUAUUAUUCGAUAUAUUAUAUAACGUAGCUAGGAUCUUCGCCUAAUCAAAUUCAAUAGUGCGAACGUGCGUCAUUUCCCUAUUGUGCACGCUGAUGACGUAAAUCAAACAGCACGUUCCUUUUUUCUUUUAUCUAAGAUAAUUUUGCAGAUUAAAAUCAGAUAGUACAAGUCAAUUUUCGUACAUGAGUUCACCUGUCAGUUUUUCUUACCAAUUCUUCUUUGAAGAAUGUCGAAGGUUUUUUUCUCAAACAAAAAUGAGCAGCGCAUUGAAGCAUAACAAAGUGAAUUUUUCUUAGUGUUGAUUAUGUCAUAAGACAUUUGGUUCAUUCUUCAGCUGUACGUGUAUAUGGAAGUUUGGAAAGCUGGAAUAGAGAGGAGAAUGGUGACGUCACGUUACCAUGGUAGCAAAAAUUCUGGAUCACAACAAUAAAGAGCUUAAGCAAGCUAGGACGACGGCGACAACAACCGGAACGGCAAAAAAAACGAUAGGUUUAUAUUAGCAAAACAACAACUUUGCACUUGCAUCACGCUUUUUUUUUCUUCCGACAUUGGACUUCCUAAUUUCACGCGCCCGCUCUAUGAGUUGGUGAACACAGCACAAAAAUUUUCUUUUUCAGUUUCUCUAAACUCAGAUACGGUACUUUCGGAUUCAACCCCAGAUGAGUGCGCCAACAUGUAACAAAUUAAAUGAAGCUGAAUAAGAUCGAUGAAGUUUGCAACAGUGCGAAGUCAUGUUUUUGGUUUGUUGUCAUCCGAAAAUUUUGCUACCAUGGCAACGUGAGUUCUUGUCUACGUUUCCAGCAUCUUACGCGCUAGUUUCCUGCUGUCCAAACUUCCCGCGUGCUUUAUAUGUCGAUACACUCGCCCCUUGCAAAGGAAACCGGAUUUCCGGAAAUUUCAGGAAUCCGGGGCUCUAGAAUCCGGAAUACAGCUCAAGGGAUCCGGAAUCCUACUAACGAUCGGAAUCGGGAAUCCAAGUUCCACUUACAAAGAACCCGGAUUCGGUGCCUGAAAAUCCGGAAUCCACUGCGUGGAGUCCAGAAUCCAAGAUUGCCUUGGAUUUCCUUGCAUGGGGCGAAUACACUCACACUGAUGCACGAACAAAUUGUUUGGUAUAAAAGUUCAUAAAUUCUGUACAAGGUAGGAAACCAUGUUGGCGAACAUAUUGCUGAAAUCUUCCGGAUUUUAUUAUUUUAAGGGCCAUCAACGGAUGGUGUGUUCCACAGCCUGGGGAGAGGAGACAAAUGCCAAAGCUUCUUGUAAUUUAUUUUCGUGUGGAUUUGACAGACGAGUGUUAGGUUGGCAAGUCAGAGAAGAGAAGGACAAGUAA